GGCGUGACAUUACGUCUCUCUCUCACUGACCGGCACCUUGAUACCCCUCGCAGAGCUCGGUGCGUCACGCUCUCUUCCAAAAGUGGUUCAUGAAGCUCCGCCCCACGUCUGGACUGUACGAGAUGCUUCGGCCCAGGGGUUUCUUCUGGGGCCUCAACUACAGCAACAGGCCACGCGAAUGGCAGAUGCCCCGACGACUGCCGCGUCUGUUUCUGCCGACCGACGACGAAGGUGAGCAGCGGUAUGACGAGGCGUCCCGGCUGUUCUCGGGCCUACACGUGAACACCGAGCCACCGAGCAAGACGACGACGGCGCUGAUGCCGUCGGCCUUCCGCCUUGAACUGGAGCAAGACCUUUUCGCGUCACUGGAACCCCAGUCGCCGGGACGCAAGCGCAAUCUGUCCCCCGUCCAGUGCUGCGAGUUCCCGCCGGUGACGUCGGCUCCGCAGUCGGUGGACGACCUGGUCUCCGUGGGCAGCCCUCCUUCCUCGCUUCCCUCCAUCGCGCCGGCGGACUUGGCGGACUCCAUCGCGCGGCGAAAGUUCGACAGCAUGAAUCCGGUCGUCUGGCUGGCGCCGGGGAGAGCUGGGGAGCAGGCCUGGCAGCAGCCAAGUGUCAGCGCCUCUGCCGCACCGCCUAGCGUGUGGGACGGCAUGUACUGCCAACAGCCGUCGGCACCAGCUUCCUCAGCCAUAACAACCACGUCCCUGACUACGACGACGGCGUCGCAGCCGACAGCGGCGGCGCUGGUGGAGCCCGUCGUGGAUGGCUUCCAGUCGCUGUCACUGUCGGGCGAGUCGUUCGUGCAACCUCAGCAAGAAGAGCAGCAGGAGCAGGUGGUGCAACAGUCAUUGCAAGAGCCGCCACAACAACAGCAGCUGCUGCACAUGCUGCAGGCACCACUGCAAGAGUCCCAGGAGCAGCAGCAGCUGCUGCAGCAGGCGUUGGCAGUGUGCCGCAGGACUGGCCGAGAUUGA